CAAGGGUUGACGGACCCCCUACCUAUACCUAUACCUGAUGAUUACCUAUACCUGAUGAUUUUCAAUCCACAACUCAUUUUCUUGAAUAUGUGACAAGCCUUGCAAAUUGUGAUAAUAUGUAUCAAAUUAGUGGUCCGCAUAACCCAAUAUUUGAAAAUUAUGGAGGUGCAGGCCCAAGUACUUCGGAUCAUUAACAAGAAAUCCAAGAAAGAACAGCGAAGGAAAAACGUGACAAGAAAAGUGUUUUCUCGACUCGAGAUGUUAGAAGGUGCUAAAUCAAUAGGUGCCGGAGCUGCUACAAUUGCUUUAGCCGGAGCUGCUGUCGGUAUUGGAAACGCCCUCAGUUCUUUGAUUCAUUCCGUGGCGCGAAAUCCAUCAUUGGCUAAACAAUCAUUUGGUUAUGCCAUUUUGGGCUUUGCUCUCACCGAAGCUAUUGCAUUGUUUGCCCCAAUGAUGGCCUUUCUGAUCUCAUUCGUUUUCCGAUCGCAUCAAAAGUCAUGAGAUCAAAAAAGAAAUGUGAGAAUGUAG